UCAGGUCUAAACAUAUGUUUAACAAUAAAAUGUGAUUUAAUGCAUGAUAUUUGAAAUGUUUCUUUGAUUACCUUUUAUUAGUAAAUUAGUUCAAUGAAACCUUUUUACAAAAUCAAUGGUUAUCGAUUACGACCAAUGAAGCCAAUCAUGUCAACGCCAACAACAACAAUCAAUAUUCUUGAUGAAGAAGAUGAAGAGUUGGAUGAGAAUGAUGAUGAUGAGUUUGAUAAUGAUGGUGAAGAUGUUGAUGAAGAAAAUGUUUUACUAUUUGAUGAUGUUGCCAAUAACAAUCGAGAAAAGAAAAGUUAUCCAAAAAAAUCAUCCCUCAAAUCGGCAUAUGAUCGUCGUCGAGUGAACCAUCAAGCCCGAAAUUUAUCAUUAGACGAUGAUGAUGCUUCAAUGACAAUUGGUAAAAUUAAAAUAAUUAAACCGAUUGGACGUGAGAAACGUUCUCGACUCAAAGUGUGUUCUUGUGCUAUUCUGUUUAUCCUUUUAAUCAGUUGCCUUGUUUACCUGAUUUACAGUAAAAAAUUUACUCUUUUAACUCAACUUUUGAUAAAAUCACCUUUAUUUGCAUCAACAUUAACCGAUUCAUUGACUAAACCAGCAACCCAUCGACCUUUAUGUGACCGAAUAAACAUUGAAAAUCAAUGGAACAAAACUUUUCCAAUGUUGACCAUUGAAUCGGCAUUGCGAAUGGUCGAUGUCAACCAAGAUGGAAACGUUGAUGUGAUCAUUGCUUUUGGCACAGGAGCUGAUGUUGCCUUUUAUCCAUCGGUUGUUUGUCAGGUUUACUUCAACCUAACAGAGGAUCAAUCACGACAAGGUUGUGGAGGAGGUUUAAUGGCUUUAGAUGGUAAAACAGGUAAACUUCUUUGGCAGGUUUACACCAAACAUGAACUAUUUGCAGUUAAUUGUGAAUUAGAUGUUAAUGGUGAUAAAGUUAAAGAUUGCAUUUGCGGUGGCAGAAUGGCGUCCAUGUAUGCAAUCAGUGGAUCCAAUGGUGAGGUCAUCUGGAGUUAUCUGGAUAAACAUGAUGAACCCAUUUGUGAUACUUCCAAUUUCUAUACACCUUUGUAUUCGACGAAAGAUCUUGAUCAUGAUGGUUUACCUGAUUUAAUUUUAAUGCACGGAGGUGACCCUUUGAGAUCGCCUCAUGAAAAGAAUCGUCUUGUUGCUCGAUUGAUAAUUGCUUCAUCAAGAACAGGUGAAAUUCUGAGUUGGAGUAAAGUACCUGAUAAUGGUGAAAGUUAUUAUUCACCUCAACGUUUGAUUAGACCUGAUGGUAAUGAGCUGAUCUUGUUUGGAACCGGAGGGGAAACUCAUUCGGGUUCACUUUGGGUUGUUCCGAUGGACAGUUUGAUUCAUGGAAAUAUGCACAAGGCUCGUCCAAUUUACACUGAUUGUUGUAAAGGAAUUAUGGUUCCUCCAGUUUUGGUUGAUAUAAACAAUGAUUCAAUCCUUGACAUUGUCAUGUCUCUAUUCAAUUCAACUGUAAUUGCCUUCAAUGGUCUUACUUUUCACAUUAUCUGGAAAUACAAUUUUCCUGGAAGUGAAACUUACAGCUCUCCUGCAGUCGGCUAUUUCAAUGAUGAUCGUAUUCCAGACUUUUUUGUCUCUUACCAGUUUGGACCAGGAUUUCCUAUCUAUUAUUAUUCUCAGGCGACUGUGUUGGAUGGAGCAACGGGCAAACCUUUAUUGUCGCAACCGAUUACAAUGUUGGUUGGAACUCAAUCGUCUCCAUUAACAAUAAGCACAAACGGAGCCAAUGAUUGGUUCCUUUUUUGGCUGUCAACUUGUGACAAUGUUAAUCAAUCGAUAGCAAAUCUGGAACCGUUCAAAGUGCUUCCAGGAACAACUGUCCAUCAAGCAUCCAGAGCCGACUUUUGCUCAAUCAGAUUUAACUCAACUCUUUACACACAAUUGAUUGCAUUGACUCGCAACUCAUCUCAUGUCGUCUAUGAUUCACGAUUCAAUAAAAAAUGGGAAAAAGUUUCCCUUGAUUAUGCAGCAAUUGGCCAACAAUGGCUUCAAGAUCAUCAGUUUAAUCAAGACAAUCAAGAUAAUGUAAAUGCAGAUGAUCCAUACGAGACUUUGGGACAAUUACCUGAAGCAUCUUCAACUUCUCAGUCUCCAACUUCACCUUUCCCUUCAAUAUUUGAUUAUCCAAAUGAUUAUCCAUCUUUACCUUUCUAUCAAAAUAGACAGUCAAUCAAUGAAAACAGGUUACGUCGACAUGUCGGAGUUCAUGAUGGCGAUGGUGUUCAACGAGUAAUCUCAACAGGCACAUUGGCUCCAUCCCUUAAACCUGGUUCAAUUGAUUUGAUUUUCACAACUUAUUGGUUUCCAGCAACAAAAGGAGUCAAUCGAGUAUCUAAAAGUAUGCAAAACUGUUUGGAUAAAUAUUUGACUCCAGCAACAGAGGAUAAACUGAGACUUGGUCCAGAAGCUCGUUUCAAAGGUCAUGAUCAUGAUGCAUACGUUGAACUGGUUGAGGAAGCAUGUGCCAAAUAUGCUGGAAUCAAUCUGAGCAAAGUGAAAGACGAAUACAAUCCCUACAAUCGACCGAUGGGAGCACUUACAGUUUACCGCAAAACAAUUCAAUGUGCCAACACGACAGCAAGUGUUCGUUCAUUCAAUGAACAAAUCUGGCCAAGUUACAUGGGCAAACAUGCAGAUUCUUUGGUCAAUUUCAUCUCUUUAGACUGAACUCUGAAACUUUGAAAACAUUUGAUUU